GUUUACGGCCAAGGGUCUGGCCUGGACUGUAGGCACCAUGUCCAGAAAUUAAACUUGCUGCAGGGUGAGGCAGAGGAAGCAAUUGGUCGGACACCCCGGUGCGUAGAAGAAUCUGUAACUGACAGCAAAAAUAUAGCAGCCCAACGUGAAGACAGUUUGGUCCAGCAGGAGGGAAGGGAAGAAGUCAGUCGCUGGAGUAAAUAUCUGGACGAGGACAGUGAAGAUCAGGAAGAUGGGGAGGAGGCAGUUACAGAAAGGCAACAGUUCUGUUCCCAGAGGAAGAAUGCUGUGGAAGAACAAAGGAAACAGCAGAAGAGCUUCCUCUCUAGUGACGUUCAGGAGUAUGCAGAAGAAAAUGGAGUUUUCCAGCUUGCCUACCGAGCCAAAAAGCGCAAGAAAUGUUUAGUGCCUGAUGGAGAUGCUGUUUCUGGAGACAGCAUGGUUCUGGCUGUCAGUGAGUGUGUUGUGCCUGAGAAGAAUACACAAACCCCAGCUGCUUGUACCAAACCUUCAAAGUGGGAAAAAUUUCUCUCAAGUUCUGACAGUUACAGCGAAAAUGCUGCUAGGGUCACCUUGUCACCACAGGAGGGCAGUGGAAGGUUGGGGCUACACAGCACCACUGCAGCAGAUGCUGGUACAGUCAGAACUCCUCUACCUCAAGGUACAGGUUUUGAAUUGAAAAACUGUGUUGCUAGCACUGAACAGCUUGUCUGGAAACUGCCCAGCAGCAGUUGCUCAAUGGAGGAUGUGUUGUUCAAAGAACCUCAAAACCACUUGAUGAGGGCAGGAUGUGGUGUCUUAGAGACCAGUGCCAGAAGGUGCUCUUUGGAGAGCGUGAGGAGGCCAAACGCCCUUGUGAACUGUAACACUGGGCCAAAGCCCAGCAGUGUUUCUCGUGAACAUCUCUUCUGCACAGAUGAGGAAUUUGAUGAUGAUCUCUGA